CUCGGUAUCGCUUGUUUGGACCGAUGUGAGAGAUACCGCAUCACGGCGCGUGCUGCGAGCGCGGAUUCAAAAUUCUCAGGUCAGCCAGUCAGCCAGUCAGCCAGUCAGCCAGUCAGCCAGUCCUCAAUGAGGCACACGCCCAAGCUUAGCUGAAUGAAUCGAGUCACAAUUACAAAUACACCUCGACGGUCCAUCGCAGCAAUCAUCCUUCCCGCUCAGCACGGUCUCCAAAGGUCAAAUACGGCCGACGUCCCCCCCGCUCCCCCACCCCCCCCCGGUUCACUUUCGCAGUCGGGUUCCUACCGUCUUCAACGCCAUUCGCCCACAAAAUGGUAGCAAGUGCUUCUCAAUCCCGGGCGCAUUCCCCCACCGAGACGCUGGCGGUCGCUUCGCCGACCACAGAAGUGGCCACCUCCCACGAAAAGGAUGGGAUCAAGGAACAGCAUGCUCGCGAGGCGGACGCAAAUGCUGCAGAGCCCGCAGCGCAGCAGCAAGACAGCAAAAAGCAUCACUUGGAAUCAUCUGAACAUAGGAUGGUCAAGAACAACUUGUGGCUCGUCAUUCCUGGUCUCAUGUUGACCGUCUUUCUCGCUGCGCUGGAUCAAACUGCACUGUCAUCCGCUCUGCCUACCGUAGUGUCUCAAGUCCGGGGCGGAGGACCCAGCUCCUUUACCUGGAUCGCAAGCGCAUACCUCUUGACCGCCACCUCGCUCAUUCCCAUGUGGGGCAGGUUGAGCGACAUCGUUGGAAGAAGACCUUUGCUGUGGGUUGCCAACUUUUUCUUCCUCUUUGGCUCCAUCAUGUGCGGGGCUGCUCAGGAUAUCACUUGGCUUUGCGUUUGUCGCGGUGUCCAAGGUGUCGGCGGCGGUGGCAUCAUCGCCAUGUGCCAAAUCAUCUUGGGUGACGUGACACCGUUGGAAAAGCGAGGCGUGUUCCAAGGCGCGUUCGGUGCAGUGUGGUCCGUCGCUUCGGUGCUGGGACCGCUGAUCGGCGGUGCACUCGCUGAGAAAUCUUCCUGGAGAUGGAUCUUCUUCAUCAACCCAAUCAUCGCCGCCUUUCCUCUGAUCAUCAUGUGGUUCGCUCUCAAGGUGCCUUUCGUGCAGAAGAAGACUGCGCGCCAGGUAUGGGACGAGUUCGACAAGCUCGGCUACGGUCUUUUGCUCGCAGCUGUCAUCCUUUUCCUCCUCGGCUUCGUCUACGCGGAAGUGGAAGGCUUCAACUCGAGCAGAUCCAUAGGUUUCCUAGCCACCGGCGCUGCUCUCUUUCCCAUCUUUGUGGGUUACGAGUUCCUCGCCGAGCGCCUUCUUCCCACUUCCAGGCCCAUCUUCCCGACACGUCUCUUCAAGCUGCGGACUACGACGCUCCUACUAAUUGCCGUCGCCAUGCACGGCAUCGCUUUCUUCAGCUCCACUUACUACAUCCCAUUCUACUUCCAGGUCAAGGGCAGUUCUCCCAUCUUUUCGGCGGUGGAGCAACUGCCUUUCAGCUUGGUCUCUGGCAUCAUGAGCGUCGUCAGCGGUGUCGUGCUCACCAAGCUUGGGAGAUACAAGCCCGUCGCAGUGGUGGGUCUGGGUGUAUUCACACUCGGACAAGGUCUCAUGAUCUUGAUCGAUGCAGAGCAAAGGAAAUCCGUCGUUUUGGCCGUCAUCUUCGUCGCUGGCCUCGGUCUCGGAUGCUUCUUCCAGACGCCUCUCAUCGGCAUCAUGGCUGCAAUGCCUCACGAAGAGAUGGCCGCUGCCACUUCGGCCAUGGCCAUGGUGCGUAGCGCUGCCGGAGCAGUCGGCAUCGCAGUCGCAGGCGCCAUCUUCAAUUCCAAGGUCAAAUCUGGGACAGAGGGAAUCGAGGGCUACGUUGCUCCUGCCGAUCCCUCUUCGGACAUCCUCAGCAUCUCCCAUCUCCAACCUCUCGCUCUCAGGAACGCGGUCACCGUGGCGUAUUGCGAUGCCAUUAGGCUGAUCUUUAUCAUUUGCACACCUUUGGUCGGCGUCGCAUUCCUGUGCACACUCUUCGUCAAGGAGUACAGCUUGCAACGCAAAGUCGUGCAAGAGAAGAGCAAGCAAGAAGUCAUGGCGGCCCAGAGGGAGCUCGAUUUGGAAGCUGCAAACGGCGAAAAGUCGGCCGACACGCGGGCCGGAGCCGCUACUUCGGGUGGCCAGAACAAGACCACAUCGUCUGACAACGGCCACACGAGCGAAGACGAUGCCAUCGUCCGCCAAGCUUCUGCCUCAGAUUCGGCCGACAGUACCGACCAACCCAAGCAAAAGCCUGCAGAAUGAUCGUCUUCUCCUGACGCACAUGUGGAGUCUUAUUCUCUUCGCUUGCACCCUUUCCUCUCCAAGCAGGCUCUCGACAUGACCCGGACACGUCUCUCUCUCUCUCUCUCUCUCCACGCACGACCUCGCACGUCUUGGGCACAUAGACAACUCGGAAUCCAUCACGACUUCAUCAUGUUCCUGUUUCAUCUCCUCACGACAUGAUUUGCAAUGCUUCAUAUCCUUGUA